UAACAGUUGAACCGGACGUGUGCGCAUGCGUCCGUCCGCCAUUUUGAAUCCUGCGCUUUGCUUCGACCACGCGUAGCAGUCAGACGUGUCCAUUGUUUAAAAACCUCAUUCCAUUGUUUCUAUCGGCUGUAUUUUCUGCCUCGGACAAAGAAUAUUCUUGAGAAUAUUCUCAAGAUGAAAGAAACGGCUGUCAGAAUGUUGUUGGUGCUGUUCUUCUUCUUCUACCGCCUCGGUGUCGUCACAGGCCACGGUCCACAUGCGAUCAACAUCACAGCAGAACCUGGACAGAACGUAACGCUGUCCUGUCCAGUUGCUGACUACCAAUCAGUGACUGGUGUGGAGUGGAGCAAAAAGGACCUGCAUGGAGACGUCCUCCUUUUUCACAAUGGGAAAAUCGAUCUGUCCAACCAGAACCCGUCCUUUAAGAACCGGGUUUAUCAGCAGAUGAAGGAUGGAAACAUUUCUUUGAUCCUGACGGUGAAACCUGGGGACAACGGGACGUACGAGUGUCGCCUUGAGAGACAGAGUUUUGAACAUAAACCCAACUGCACCUUCCAACUGGAUGUUGCUUCUCCAGGUGAAAACGACGGACGGAAGGAGGACGGAGGAAAGGAGGAUGGACGGAAGGAGGAGGGAGGGAAGGAGGAUGGACGGAAGGAGGAUGGAGGGGAGAAGAAUGGAGAGGAGAAGAAUGGAGAGAGUAUUGAGGUUCUGGUCCAGAAGCCUCCCCAGCAGCUGGAUGGACCCCCCAACAGGAAGCUGUGGUUUCUGAGCUUGCAGAGGUUCCACCAACACUCCUGGUGUCUGCAGAGCUGA